AUGCUGCGCUCGGACGAGUUUGAUCCGCUGCAAGAGGCAUAUGAUGGAGGCAUGCCCCUAGACACAAGGCGUAUGCACAGUGACGAUAGCGACAUCAACGGGUUUGGUGCUUCUUCUAAAGAUUCACAGUUCUGGGCAGAUGCCAUCCCCGGCAAGCAGGGGCUUUAUGACCCUGAAUACGAGCGCGAUGCGUGUGGUGUGGGUUUCGUGGCCAACAUUAAAGGUGCGCAAUCUCACAAAAUCGUCUCUGAUGCCCGCUACUUGCUUUGCAAUAUGACACACAGAGGUGCCGUGUCCUCCGGUGGAAAUGGUGACGGAGCUGGUAUCCUCGUAGGCAUCCCACACGAGUUCAUGAAGCGUGAAUUCAGGCUCGACAGCGGCAUCGAAAUACCCGCCGCUGGUCAGUACGCUACCGGUAACUUUUUUUUCAAGAAAGAUGCACCCGAGACCCUCGAAGCAUCCAAGCGCACUUUUGAGAGCCUUGCUGAGUCACUAGGGCUCUUGGUUCUUGGAUGGCGUUCUGUCCCAAGAGACUCUUCGAUUCUCGGCGCGGUCGCUUUGUCGAGAGAGCCAGCUAUUUUUCAGCCCCUUGUCGUACUACAAGAAGCUCACCACGAGCAACAGCCUAUCUCUGCUCAAGACUUCAGAGAGAAAUUCGAUGUCAAAUUCCAGACGCAGCUGUACAUCCUGCGGAAGCAAGCAUCAUCAGCUAUUGGCCUACAAAACUGGUUUUACGCGUGUUCGCUGAACCCUAGAACCAUCGUAUACAAGGGUCAGCUAACCCCAACCCAAGUGUACCAAUAUUAUCAUGAUCUAACUAAUGCACACUUUGAGUCCCAUAUGGCUUUGGUUCACUCGCGUUUUUCCACGAACACUUUUCCUUCUUGGGACAGAGCACAGCCUCUAAGAUGGAUUGCACACAACGGUGAAAUCAACACCCUGCGCGGCAACAAAAACUGGAUGCGUGCUCGUGAAGGUGUUAUGGCUUCUGAGACUUUUGGAGAGCAACUUGACAAGCUAUACCCAAUUAUCGAGGAAGGAGGCUCCGACUCUGCCGCUCUGGACAACGUGCUGGAACUUUUGGUUAUUAACGGUGCGUUGUCACUGCCAGAGGCUAUAAUGAUGAUGGUUCCUGAAGCUUACCACAAAGAUAUGGAUUCCAACUUAAAAGCAUGGUUCGAUUGGAGUGCGUGCUUAAUGGAGCCAUGGGAUGGUCCAGCACUGUUGACUUUUACUGACGGACGUUACUGUGGUGCUAUGCUAGACAGAAAUGGUCUAAGACCAUGCCGUUACUACAUCACCUCUGAUGACCGCGUCAUUUGCGCGUCCGAGGUUGGUGUGAUUCCUGUUGAUAACUCAUUGGUUGUUCAAAAAGGUAAGUUGAAGCCAGGCGACAUGUUGUUGGUGGACACCGACUUGGGGGAGAUGGUUGACACCAAAAAGUUGAAAUCCACUUUCUCGAAGAAGCGUGACUACAAGUCUUGGCUAUCAAAAUUAAUCAAGCUUGAGGAUCUGCUUGUGAAGACCCAAAAAUACAUCCCAGAUUCGUUCCUGAGCGACCGCCACGCAUCUCUGAAAGCUCAGCAGGAUCCUAGACUUCUGGCAAUGGGCUACACAUUCGAACAAGUUUCGAUGGUCCUGAUUCCUAUGGCUCUUGGAAGCAAGGAAGCAUUGGGCUCCAUGGGUAACGACGCUCCACUGGCUUGCUUGAAUGAAAAUCCAGUUUUGAUCUAUGACUAUUUCAGACAGCUGUUUGCGCAAGUUACAAACCCUCCUAUUGAUCCUAUUCGUGAAGCUAACGUGAUGUCGUUGGAAUGCUACGUUGGUCCACAAGGCAAUCUUUUGGAGGUUCAUCCUUCUCAGUGUGACAGGCUACUUCUCCAUUCUCCUAUCUUGCAAUGGAGAGAGUUUGAAGCUAUAAAGAAUAUAGAGAAAGCGCACCCAGCGUGGUCUGUUGCUGACAUUGACAUUACUUUUGAGAAGUCGCAAGGAUUGCUAGGCUACACUUCUACGAUUGAACGCAUUACGCACCAAGCUUCUGAGGCCAUUGAGCAAGGGAAGCGUAUUAUUAUGAUCUCUGACAGGAGAAUGGGCCCGGACCGGGUGCCGCUAUCGUCUCUAAUUGCAGUUGGUGCAAUUCAUCACCAUUUGAUUAGAAAUAAGCAACGUUCGCAGGUUGCGUUGAUAUUGGAAACUGGUGAAGCCAGAGAAGUUCACCACUUCUGUGUGCUUUUGGGCUACGGUUGUGAUGGUAUCUUCCCAUACCUGGCAAUGGAAACAUUGGUCAGAAUGAACCAAGAGGAUUUGGUUCGCAAUGUCGAAAACGACGAUAUCGAUAUCGACGACACAACGCUUUUGGAAAACUACAAGCAUGCCAUCGAUGGUGGUAUUUUGAAGGUUAUGUCUAAAAUGGGUAUUUCAACAUUGGCUUCUUAUAAGGGUGCUCAGAUCUUUGAGGCACUAGGUGUGGACAACACAGUCGUUGAUUUGUGUUUCGCUGGUACUGCCUCUCGUAUUCAGGGUGUGACUUUUGAGUACAUUGCGCAGGAUGCGUUCUCCAUGCACGAGCGUGGAUUCCCAAGCAGAUUCACCAUUAGUAAAUCUGUCAACUUGCCUGAAAGCGGUGAAUACCACUGGAGAGACGGCGGUGCAAAACACAUAAAUGACCCUACGGCAAUUGCCUCAUUGCAGGACUCCGUCAGAAACAAGAAUUCAAACGCUUGGGAAAUGUACGUGAAGAAAGAGAUGGAAUCUAUCAGAGACUGUACCUUAAGAGGUCUGUUAGAGCUUGACUUCGAAAACUCAGAGAGUAUCCCUCUAGAGCAAGUUGAACCCUGGACCGAGAUCGCUAGAAGGUUUGCUACUGGUGCUAUGUCUUACGGUUCGAUCUCUAUGGAAGCGCAUUCUACGCUUGCCGUUGCCAUGAACAGACUAGGUGCUAAAUCCAAUUGUGGUGAAGGUGGUGAAGACGCCGAACGCUCUAUCGUUCAUUCGAAUGGUGACACUAUGAGAUCAGCUAUUAAGCAAGUGGCCUCCGCUAGAUUUGGUGUAACAUCCCACUACUUGUCUGAUGCGGAUGAAAUUCAAAUCAAAAUUGCUCAAGGUGCCAAGCCUGGUGAGGGUGGUGAACUACCAGCUCACAAGGUUUCUCCAGACAUUGCUAAGACAAGACACUCAACACCUUACGUUGGGUUGAUUUCUCCCCCACCUCAUCACGAUAUUUACUCUAUCGAGGAUUUGAAACAGCUGAUUUAUGACUUGAAAUGCUCUAACCCAAGAGCAGGAAUUUCUGUCAAGCUUGUUUCUGAGGUUGGUGUUGGUAUCGUCGCUUCAGGUGUUGCCAAGGCCAAGGCAGACCACAUUUUGGUUUCAGGACACGACGGUGGUACUGGUGCCUCUAGAUGGACUGGUAUCAAAUACGCUGGUCUACCAUGGGAGUUGGGUCUAGCCGAGACUCACCAAACCUUAGUAUUGAAUGACUUGAGACGCAAUGUUGUGGUUCAGACGGACGGUCAACUUAGAACCGGUUUUGAUAUCGCAGUCGCAGUCCUACUGGGUGCUGAAUCUUUCACGCUGGCAACUGUGCCAUUGAUAGCCAUGGGAUGUAUCAUGCUGAGAAAAUGUCACCUGAACGCAUGCGCUGUUGGUAUUGCUACGCAAGACCCUCUUCUGAGAGAGAAGUUCAAAGGUCAGCCCGAGCACGUUAUCAACUUCUUCUACUAUUUGAUCCAAGAUUUGCGUAAAAUCAUGGCCAAGCUUGGUUUCCGUACCAUUGAUGAGAUGGUAGGACACUCCGAGAAACUAAGAAAAAGAGAAAACGUGAACACCAAGGCUAUCAACAUCGAUCUGUCUCCAAUCUUGACACCUGCUCACGUCAUUCGUCCUGGCGUCGCUACCAAGUUCACCAAGAAGCAAGACCACAGACUUCACACGCGUCUAGACAACAAGCUGAUUGAUGAAGCUGAAAUUACUUUAGACCGUGGUCUACCCGUCAACAUUGACGCAACUAUUAUCAACACCGACCGUGCUUUGGGCUCAACUUUAUCCUACAGAAUUUCGAAAAAGUUCGGUGAGGAAGGUUUGCCACAAGACACUGUUGUGGUUAAUAUCGAGGGGUCUGCAGGCCAGUCAUUUGGUGCAUUUUUGGCUUCUGGUAUCACUUUUAUUCUGGAUGGUGAUGCUAACGAUUACGUCGGGAAGGGUCUAUCAGGAGGUAGGUUGAUUAUCAGACCUCCACCCGACUCAAGAUUCAAGAGCGACGAAAACGUUAUUCUUGGUAACACAUGUUUCUACGGUGCAACGUCCGGUACCGCAUUCAUUUCUGGUGUCGCGGGUGAACGUUUCUGUGUUCGUAACUCGGGUGCAACCAUUGUGGUGGAGAAAAUCAAGGGUAACAACGCCUUCGAAUACAUGACCGGUGGUCGUGCCGUUGUCCUUUCUCAAAUGGAGUCCCUGAAUGCUUUUUCAGGUGCCACGGGUGGUAUUGCCUACUGUUUGACCUCUGACUACGACGACUUUGUGGGGAAGAUCAAUACCGAGAGCGUUGAGCUUCAAGGUUUGAUUGACCCAGUUGAAAUUGCCUUCGUGAAGAACUUGAUUCAAGAGCACUACAACUACACAAAAUCCGAGCUUGCUGCAAGGAUCUUGGGCAACUUUAACCACUACUUGAAGAACUUCGUUAAAGUCAUUCCAACUGACUACAAGAAAGUUUUGGAAAAGGAUGCCGAGGAGAAGGCCAAGUUGAAGCAGAAAAACACUGCCAAUUUCUUGAAGAAGUUUAACUCAGGGACUGACCUCAAAUCAGAUGUCACAAAUGGUGAGGUCGAUGCAAUCAGAGAAGCUAAGAAGAAGGCUGUCAGGAACAUCAGUCAUAAGGCUACUUUGGCUGAGCCUAAGGUUCAAGACCUGGAGGAUGCGGUGAAUGAUAUUGAGCAGUUGGAGAAGAAUGGCGAAAAAAUCCAAAAGACUCGUGGUUUCAUGCUGUACAAGCUGCGCCACGAGAAAUAUCGCCAUGCUUCUGCUAGAACCAAAGACUGGAAAGAGCUUUCCGCAUGUGUAACCAAGAAAGACGCCAAGUACCAAACUGCGAGAUGUAUGGACUGUGGUGUUCCCUUCUGUACUUCCGAUACAGGUUGCCCAAUCUCCAACGUGAUUCCAAAGUUCAAUGAGUUGGUCUUCAAAAACCAAUGGAAGUUGGCCUUGGAUAAACUUUUGGAAACCAACAACUUCCCAGAGUUUACCGGAAGAGUUUGCCCAGCGCCUUGCCAGGGUUCCUGUACUCUUGGUAUUAUUGACGACCCUGUUGGUAUCAAGUCCAUUGAGAGACUGAUUAUCGAUAACGGUUUCAAGGAGGGGUGGAUCCAGCCUUGCCCACCAGAGGUUCGUACCGGACGCAACAUUGCGAUUAUCGGUUCGGGCCCUGCUGGUUUGGCGUGUGCUGACCAGUUAAACAGAGCCGGUCACUCGGUCACUGUUUAUGAAAGAGCUGACCGUUGCGGUGGUCUCUUGAUGUACGGUAUCCCCAACAUGAAGCUGGACAAGAAGAUUGUUCAACGUCGUGUUGACCUGAUGGCAGCUGAAGGUGUUGAGUUUGUCACUAGCGUUGAGAUUGGCAAAGACAUCACAGUUGAACAGCUGAAGGCGCAGAACGACGCAGUUGUCUACGCAAUCGGUUCUACUAUCCCUAGAGACCUGAGAAUCCCAGGCCGUGACCUCAAGAACAUUGACUUCGCUAUGUCGUUGCUUACCGCCAAUACCAAGGCUUUGUUGAGCAAAGACCUAGAGACGAUUCGUCAGCAAAUCAGCGGCAAGAAGGUGAUUGUCAUUGGUGGAGGUGACACUGGUAACGACUGUUUGGGUACUUCCGUGAGACACGGUGCUGCUUCAGUUAUCAACUUUGAAUUGCUGCCACAGCCACCCAACGAACGUGCUAGCGACAACCCUUGGCCACAAUGGCCCCGUGUGAUGAGAGUUGACUACGGCCAUGCCGAGGUCAAGGCUCACUACGGAAGAGACCCACGUGAGUACUGUAUCUUGUCGAAGGAGUUUAUCGGCAACGAAGAGGGCGAAGUGAAAGCCAUCAGAACCGUGCGUGUGGAGUGGAAGAGAUCUGAAUCGGGUGUGUGGCAGAUGGUGGAAGUACCAGGCAGCGAAGAGAUCUACGAGGCCGAUGUUGUCUUGCUGUCAAUGGGUUUUGUCGGACCUGAGCUGUUCGAAGACCCUAGCGUGGUGAAGACCAAGAGAGGCACCAUCAACACCGUGUCGGACGCCUCCUACUCGGUGGACGACGGCAAGGUGUUUGCUGCCGGUGACUGCAGACGCGGACAGUCGCUGAUUGUGUGGGCCAUCCAGGAGGGCAGAAAGUGCGCCACUUCUGUCGACAGUUUCCUGAUGGGAUCCACGAGUUUGCCAGGCAACGGCGGUAUCGUCAAGCGUGACUACCGUCUUCUGGAGGAGCUUGCAUCCACAGUCGAAGCCUGA